AUGAACCGCCAGGGGAAGCGCGCCCUUGACGCGACCAUGCUGGCGAGGAAGCGCAAGCGAUCCAUCGAGACCCGCGAUGACGACGACGACCCGCGGGCCCGGUUCCAGCGCAUGGACCUCGAGAGCGCAGCGCUCAUGCGCCAGGUUCCUCGCAUCGAGCUCGGUCGCUUCGUCAUCGACACAUGGUACCCGAGCCCAUACCCCGCGAGCGCGUACCCGGACGGGACGCUCUACCUCUGCGAACACUGCCUCGGGUACACGAGCUCGAAGCGGUUUCUGCAGCACCACAAGCGGUCCGACUGCGCGCUUACGACGCCGCCCGGGCCUCGCGUCUACUACGAAAGAGGCGACCGUCUUGCUCUCUACGCCGUCGACGGCAAGCGCGAGCCGACGUACGCGCAGAACCUCUGCCUCCUCGCCAAGCUCUUCAUGGACCAAAAGACGCUGUAUUACGACGUGACGCGCUUCCGCUUCUACGUGCUUUGCCGCGUCGACGACGACGGAAGCCACAUCGUCGGGUACUUCUCCAAGGAGAAGGCGUCGCCCGAGGGCUACAACCUCUCGUGCAUCGUCGUGCUGCCGCCGUACCAGCGGCACGGGUACGGCACGCUCCUGAUUUCCAUCUCGUACGCCAUCUCGGCGCACGACGGCCAGGUCGGGACGCCCGAGCGACCCCUCUCGGCGCACGGCCACGCCGCCUACGUGGAAUACUGGAAGCAUCGCGUCCUGCGAGAACUCGCUGCGACGUCCAAGGCGGUAUCCAUUGCCGACCUUGCCGACCGGACCGUGCGGGCUACUCAAGACAACGUCGACUGA